GGGCUUAUGUUUUUAGCCCAUGCCCCCUGGCCAGGAGGAGACCACACAGAAGCAGAGGACCCCACUAGGAGGCCUGGCUGCUAACAGGAAGAACCACACAGUAGCCGUGGGCUCCAGCAUGGCCACGAAGGCAGAUGGGCACUGCUGAAGACCAAGCCUGGCUCCAGCUGCUUCCGAACGACUCCCACCCCACAGUCCUCUGCCGCCCCCAGGAUGGGGGCCGGGGGACUGGGGGGCUGGCCAUGAAAGAAUGCUGCCCCUCCCUGCAAAAGGCCAGCCCUGCACCCCCCAGGCAUAGCCCUGACCACAGCGCAGGCAUGGACCCUAGGCAUAGCAGUCCCCAGGGGGCCAGCGAAAAGGUCUCCUGUUCUGAGGGCCCUGGCGGGAGCCUGGCCCACCCCUCCCAGACCUGUAGUCCUCCCCAAGAGGCAGCCGGCAAGGAGACCCGCAUCUCAGGGACAGCAGACUCCACGUUUUCCAGGGAGCCUGAGCCCGGGUCCUCAGGGAACAGAAAUGAGAAGAUGGAUUCCAAGUUCUCAAAGCAGGCAGCUUCUGCUUCUGUGGGAAAGGAAGAUGCUGGAUCCUCCAGGAAGGCAGAUUCCAUGGUCACAGGAAAGCCAGAGCCUGCAGUCAUGGGGCAGGGGAAUCUCGUGACCCCAAGAGAGGAAGAUGGCGGCCGCCUGGGAAAAGUUGACCCUGGGUGCUCCAGCCAGGCGGCUGCAGCGUCCCCAGGGAAGGAAGAGGCCGGGGAUCCUGUGUCCUCAGGCAAAGUGGAUCCUGUGUUCCCAAGGCAGGAGGAGCCGAGCUGUUCUGGAAAAGAACGUCCUUUGUCUUCAGGAAAGGCGGAUCCCAAGCCCGUGGGAGAAGCAGACUUGGUGGCCUCGGGACGGGUGGCGCCCGCCUCGCUGGGGAGCCCGGAUCCCGCAUCCACAGAAAAGUCAGCUCCUGGGCCCUCAGGAAAGCCAAGUCCAGUGUCGCCGGGCGGAACUGAGUCUGUGUCUUCUGGGACAGCGGCUGCAGGAGCCCUGGAGAAGACGCAUCCUGCGCCCCUGGGACCGGCAGAUCCUGCACACACAGGAAAUGCAGAAACUCUGUCCUCCAUGACAGAGGAGCCUCGGUUCCUGGCAGAGAAGGACACGCGCUCCCCAGGAACAGGGAGUGCUGGGCCCAAGGGGAUGCCCAAAACAGGGGCUGCCGGACCGGGGGACCCAGUGCUUUCAGGAGAGCCGGCGGCCACCUAUUCGAAAGCUGGGCCCGCGCGCCGCGACGCGGGCCUGCAGGUGUCGCUGGGCGCCGCCGAGACGCGCUCUGUGGCCACCGGGCCCAUGACGCCGCAGGCCGCCGCGCCGCCCGCCGUACCGCCCGCCUUCCCCGAAGUGCGGGUGCGGCCGGGAUCCGUGCUGGCGGCCGCCGUGGCGCCCCAGGAGGCGUCGGAGCCCGUGCGCGACGUGAGCUGGGAUGAGAAGGGCAUGACGUGGGAGGUGUACGGGGCCGCCAUGGAGGUGGAGGUGCUGGGCAUGGCCAUCCAGAAGCAUUUGGAACGGCAGAUCGAGGAGCACGGCCGCCAAGGGGCGCCCGCGCCGCCGCCCGCCGCUCGCGCGGGCCCCGGCCGAGCGGGCUCGGUGCGCGCCGCGCCCCAGGAUGGCGCCGCCAAGCGGCCGCCCGGCCUGUUCCGUGCGCUGCUGCAGAGCGUGCGCCGGCCGCGGUGCUGCUCGCGGGCGGGACCCACGGCCGAGUGAUCGGCGCCCUUUUGUACGCCCGAGUUUCCAACCUGCUCAGGCCCCCUUCCUGACCCCAGCCCCUGGAAGGGGUCCCCUCGGCGGCGAGCGGCGGACCUCCGAGGAGUGGGCAGCCUCUAGGACCCUGUCAUAUCCUUCCCGUCCCAGACACGCAAACGAGCCCCCACGCCCCUUCCCAGCCCUCACCUGGACUCCUGGUCACACCGGGCGAGCACGGGGACCCACUCAGCACCCCCCGCUCCUCCCCACCCCAAGCUGAGGCGGGCUCCUGAGACGGCCAGGCUGGCCUGUUGAGGUCUCGGGAGCGCCAGGUCCCCAGAACCGGGAGAGACUGCAGGCCAAUCUCCAGGCGGGUCCUCCGAGCGUGCGCGGGUUGAAGAGCGAGGGGCCUGAGUGUGCCCGGCCAAGUUCUGAACUGAGUGUGCGGCUCGGCGGCGCUGGCCUGCGUGGUCGGGCCAUCUCUUGCAUGCUGUGGGUUGCCCUUCCCCAAUUCCUGUCUCCCACCCUCCUGGCCCAGUCCCCCAGCCCUG